AUGGUACUCAGAAAAGACCAGAUUGAAGCUAGUCUUCAGGAAGAGAAGAAGCUGAUUGAGGAUGGCAAACUCAAGGAAGACAACCCCCUCGACGUCAGCGAAACAUUUUUCAGACUAUGUGAAGCUUGUCGUUGCGGAGACCUGAAGACUUGCCAGGAGACGAUCACAGAAGGCGUCAAUAUCAACGCGAGAGAUCGUUUCGAUUACACGCCUUUGAUCUUGGCUAGUCUGUGUGGUCAUUUCGAAGUGGUACAGCUGCUACUUGAAUCCGGUGCUCUUUGCGAACGAGAUACGUUCCAAGGAGAGCGAUGUCUUUAUAAUGCCCUUAAUGACCGAAUACGAAAUCUAUUGCUCUCAUACGACUAUUCGAAAUCUACGGAUCCACUGCAACCUCUUGCCUCGCACAUAACCUCUCUUUUGACUAGAGAGCACCCCCAAACAUCCGAUAUCCUCGUUGCCGCUGCUGAGGAGUCGUUCCGUCUGCACAAAUUCAUUUUAUCUGCGAGGUCUCCAUACUUCGCAAAGAAAUUAUCUGUCGCACCUGACACAGCGUCAUGGAAACUUCCUUCGGCGAUCCCCCCACAAGCUUUUGGAAUAGCCAUCAAGUACAUAUAUCUGGGCGAAAUAUCCAACGAUGUUGGUGGUGGGCCUGGCACGGGGUUCUCCGAAGACGAAGUAUUGGAAGGGAUCGACAAGAUAAGCAGGCAAUUGGAGAUCAUAAGUCUCUGGGAUGGCAUUCUCGAAAGCGGGGACCGCAGACUUGCGAGACAGCGGAGAACAGAUGAGGUUGAUAAAGGCCGGAAUCAGCUGGAGGCUUGGUUCUCAAACAACGUGCUGAAGCACAAGAUCAUUCUCGACACGGCGAGGGCGGAAAAUGUCAAAUGGGAUCGCAACAACGGGGUUUUUGCAGAUGUGCUGCUGAGGGCGGAUGAGUCCGACGAUGCUUUUGAAAUCGAAUCUCCUUUAGAGGAAGAUCCCCUGCAAAGGAAACCAGAAAGAAAAAAUGGCAUCCCCAUCGGACCCCUAAGACAGGCAUCACGUUCUCCAUCUCGAGAUGGAAAGCCUCGGAAAUCUAUACUGUUCCCUGUACACCGGGCUAUGCUCUUGCGGUCAGAGUACUUUCUUACAAUGUUCUCUUCGGCCUUUCGGGAAGCACAAGCCACGGAGUAUCUACAUAUAAUCUCCAUGGAUUGCUCACCGGAAGUCUUGGAGGUCGUCCUGCAAUUCCUCUACACGGAGAAGACCGAUUUCCCUCUAGAAAUUGCUAUCGAUGUUCUAUUUGCUGCCGAUCACCUCUUAAUUGAAAAGCUGAAAAUGAAGGCUGCAGUGGUAAUUAGCACUCUUGGAAACGGUUCAAUGUCACAAAUCCCUACGAGAUUGGACGCUGCUGAGACUUCAUCCCCCGCGCCAGAAGAACUGGACAUCUACGACGUGGUCCGCGCAGGUUGGCUCACACGUGUACCAAGACUUGAAGAAUUCGGCGCCAGGUAUCUUGCCUAUAGACUGGAAUCUUACAUUGAUGAGGAGGAUUUCGCAGAUCUUGUUCGAGAGAGCGCGAACAGGAUCAAAGGAAGACAAGAGACGGAUACCAUUGAGCUGUUGGAUGACAUCCGAUAUUAUCUAUCAGAGCGCUUCCGUCUGCGCUUCGAAGAUUCUGGUCUAGAAGACAUGAUGGAAGAGGAGCCUACAAUUGCCACCGAGGCUGAGACCGACAUAGAUGGAAAGCUGCCGGAGGAUGAAGGCGUCGAUAUGGGCUCAUUGCCCAAUGGUGACGCUGCACGAGGCGAUGUGAACUCUUCAUCGGGAAUCAUGAUGAAAGACGGUUCUAGUACCAUCAGGACGUUGGAUGGGGAGAUGGUGGGGGAUGAGCUGGAGGGGGAUGCAAUCAACUAUCAGAUACUGCUUGGCAAGAUAGAGGGACUUUUAACCCGAUUAAAGCUCGAUGCUUAA